AUGAUCCCGCCGGCCAACAUGAUUCAGGACGAAAGUGGGGGCAAACAGGACGAACGGGACCACAAUGAGACACCCAAAUCCCCGACGGCGAACGCCAGCCAGCAGGAAACCAAGAAUACUGUGAGGCCUGAACAUCACAAGCGCAAGCUGCAGAGACUCAAGCGCUCUUUGUCCUUCAAGACCAAGAGCAUCCGCAGCAAGAGCGCAGACAACUUCUUCCGAACCAGCAGCGACAACAAGACGGAGCUGCUCUCUGAUGUGAGCAGCAGCACGGGCCAUCUCUGCAACAUCGGGAUGGCCCCGCCGCACACCACCAACCUCCCCAUCCCUCCGGUCCCGCCAGCCAUUCCCAGCGCUCCUCCUCCCACAUCACGCUCACAGUCACGCAACCCGCUGCAGGUAGACUCAGCGGGACACUGCUUCAUGGAGCACAUCUUCAAGAAACCCACGUUCUGUGACGUCUGCAACCACAUGAUCGUAGGUACAACAGCCAAGCAUGUGGUGUUCCUGGCGGGAAACACGGCAAAGCACGGCCUCCGCUGCAAAGCCUGCAAGAUGAGCCUCCACCACAAAUGUGAGAAUGGAGUGGGACAGCAGCGCUGCAUGGGCAAACUGCCAAAAGGCUUUCGGCGGUACUACAGCUCUCCAUUACUGAUCCAGGAACAGUAUGGCUGCAUCAAAGAAGUCAUGCCCAUCGCCUGUGGCAAUAAGGUGGACCCUGUGUAUGAGGCCUUGAGGUUUGGUACGUCGCUGGCACAGAAGGCCAAGAGGGCCAGCGGCUCUGAGUCUCCACACAGAAACUCGACCAGUGACUUGGAUAAAGUUCCAGAGGAAGUGGUGGCUCACAGCAGCAGGCAGGAGCUGUCGAGAAAGCAAAGCGAUGAUGUUUUCACUGUCAUUGAGAACGGAACGGAGCUUUACCACCAGCCCGAGAGAAAACCUGACCAUUUGCCGGAAAAUACCCCUCCAGGCAUUGCGCAGGAGCAGGAGCAGGAGCAGGAGCAGCUAUCUUUUGGAGGGAUUGGAGGAACACAGCAGGCAGGAUUCAUGCUCAAGUUGGAGCAGAGCCAGCUGCAGAAAGACGUCCUCAAGCUCAACACCUAUGUGGCCUUGCACAGCUUUACUCCCCAAGACAGCCAUGACCUGGAGAUGAGAGCUGGAGACAGAAUCUUAUUGGCUGAUGACUCCAAUGAUGAUUGGUGGAAGGGGGUAAUUGAGGACAGGAUCGGUUUCUUCCCAGCAGCCUUCGCUCAUCUGGUGCGGGCUGGGGACCAAGUGUUCAGGUGCAACAGGACAUUCAUCGGCUGUAAGGAACAAGGCCAGAUCACCCUGAAGGAGGGACAGAUUUGUGUGAGCAGCGAAGGCGAGCGCAGCGGCUUCAUCAGAGUGGCGAGCGGAAAGAAGAGAGGCUUCGUGCCCUGCGACGUCCUGGAAAUCAUCUGAGAUGAACGCUCAGAGAAAUGAAGAGAGGGGGAGAGGGAAGGGAGGAUCCGCCGCCUGGAGGUCAGAGGAGGGGGACGCUGCACCCACAGAAUGGCCACAAGAAACCAGUGAGGGAGUUCGCCUCAUCAGGAAUUUGGAGUUUGGACUUCUAAGUGCUGCUGGUUUUGUCAGUGAGGACCUUGUUGCGGGUCAGAGUCUCUGUACCUUCCUCACUCACUGUCAACACAGAGAGAGAUGCUGAGACGACAGACUGUUUGUUGUUCGCAGGGAGACAGGAGAUCUCCGUUUCACUGGAUUUGGUUCAUAGAGCCGAUGUGUGUGUUUUUUUUCUCCCCGUUAGUUUUAUUCCGCUACGAGCUGUUUAUUUUUUGAAAGUGGAUCUGCCGGCUGGCUGUUUAAGCCAAAGAAAAUGAAACAAACAGUUAUUACGAUGAUUAUUUUUCAAGGUUUCACUACAUACGAUGGUUUUCCUCCUAGAAAUAGUUUAGUCUCUCAUGCUUUUACAUUAUAUUCCAAGCAAAAGGUGAGCUUUUAAUGCAGAGUCGCCAAGAACAGGCUCAAAAUCAAAAUCCCUGAUGUCAGAAGUUGAUGGGAAAACGAAAUAAGCUGCACAAUCAUAAUCAAAAACCACUUCCUGUAUGACCUCUAGCAUGCAGCUACAGUCCUGUGACAGAAACGAAACACAGGUGAGAAACAGCACAUCAGAUGCAGCAAAGAGAUGUUGGUGAGUAUCAUCAAAGGAGUUUGACGUGAUCAAAGAAGUCAGAAAUUCUCAGUGGUCCUCAGUAUCGCCGACACACUCACCAGGUUUAUAGCAGCUUCUUUGCAAACCAGGAUUUUAA